AUGGGGUGCACGUCGUCGAAACACCCGGCGAUGUACGUCGUCCCAAACACCACCACGAGUACGAGCGAUCGAAAAUCAUCCGAAAAUUUUGGUGUCGAAGAGACCAAAAAAAACACGAGUGGUGGCUCGAAAGGACAAGAAGCCAUCAAAAUCGGUGGUUUCGCUCGGGAGGAGGAGGCGAGGAAAAAUUCUACGAGAAAAAACGAUGCAGAGGACGACGUCAAAAUGCCUCGUUGGAACGAACCGAUGACGAAUGCGAACGUUUUUACGUUAUCGAGCGCGGAUCAGAUCAUACGCGAGGAGGAGUACGAGAGACAACAUUCGGUAAACGCGCGAAACGCAGUCGCGCCCAAAAACACGAAACAACAACAGAAAGGGAAAAAAAAGAAAAGAGAUGCGUCGACGUCGCGGGCAAGUAGCACGUCACCGGCACCGUCGUUGGCGCGAGCGCAACAUCAGCACAGCUCGAUGAAUCCGUCUGGGAGUAUGCCGCAGUAUUUAGGCGUGCCGCCGCCAAAGUCGCUGAGCGUUUUGAGGAGAGACGCAGGCGAGAGUAGUUUUGAGUGUGCAAAUUUUGCGACGACUCAUUCCUCGUCGUCCGCGAUGAAGAGAGAUGACGUGGAUUUGAACAGUGAGAUUGAUCGGUACAUCAUGGUGACGCUUUUAGAGAGAGAACGGGACGUGGUGAGAGGGAAGGCGGACGUUUUGAGAGCGACGAGCGGAAAGAUUUCGAGCGCGUUGGAGAAGGAGAGGAAGAGCUUGAAGAGUAAGAGUGGGAAGGAGAAUAAGAAACAGAAGACGCUCGCGGCAACAACAGCGACCAGUACAGAUCCAGAUCCAUCAUCUCUGCAAGACUCUUUGAGCAACGUGUUUGGCGCGCUCUUUUCCGGCGUCGCGCCAGCCACGGAGGAAGAACAACAGAAACGAAAUCUUCUCGAGCGCUCAAGCAGUAGUGACACGACGACGACGACGACGAUGCACAUGAACAAUGACACGUCGGUGCAAGAUUUAUGCGGCGAACUCCUGAAAAAUGAGCGCUUUAUACACAUGCACGCGGCUUCAGGCUCGGUUCUCGAUUCGCGAUUCAUAAACGGGAGAAGAGACGCGCCCGGGGAUUGGGUCGAAGUCGCGCCACGGUCGCCGGAGCAAAGGAAAAGCAGAAAAUCUUCGUCGUCGUCGAAAAAGAAAAGUAAGGAUGACAGAAAUAGCGCACCAUCGCGCACACCAGCAGCAGCAGUAGUAGUAGCAGCAGCAGCAACAACAGCAGACACGGCAACAACAGCAACAACAAGAAGUGGCACUAAUAUUAAUAGAGGACGCACAUCAUCAAAUCAUAAUACUAAUACUAGAGGUGAAAGCAGCAAACCGAAAGCUCCCGCCGCAGUGGACGAUCAGGACUAUUUCAGUCCAAUCGAUACGCCGAAGAAGCAAGAAAUGCAGAAGUCGUCGCCGAAUAGUCCUGGGAAUAUCGCGAACGUUACCGCCAAUAUCGGCGCAGACAAACUGAAUACUCUGUCGCGAUCUUCUUCGCGCUCGAGACUCUCAAACUCUGCGAGCGCGAGAGAUAAGAUGCUUAAUUCGAGCGGCGCGUCCAGAUCAGGAGGAGCAACGGACAAUAAUUCAAAUAACAACAAUAUUAGCAAUACCAUGGACGGGUCGAUUUCGAUCGGGUAUGAGAAUCGCGAAAAGGAGUUGAGAACAUCUCCCGAUUCAAAUCUCGCGCCGACGAGCCCGAGAGAAAUCGAAACUGUCCAGGAAGAGAGAGGUUGA